GCACUGACGUCGGCUUCGAAUGUCACUUUGCCCGAAAGCCCCGAUACGAAAAAUCUACUACCUUUCCCGAAAAGUGAUUUUUAUUUCCAGCAACACGCUCUUGUCGACGUAUGUACGGCAGAAUAGAGUGGAAACAUUAAAUUCGUAUUUUUAAUCGAAAUUACCAAGUCCCAUUACCACACAAUCAUGCAGGGGCCGGCGGUUUUUAUCGAUUUGUCUAUGGAAGACCAGGCACAAGAAUUGCGAAAGUAUUUGAAGAGCAAAGAUGCCGAAAUAUCUGAAGAAAAGUCGUCCAAAGGAAUCGAAGACGAUCUGCACAAAAUAAUUGGUGUUUGUGAUGUUUGCUUUAAGGAUGGGGAUCCGGUUGAAAUUGACGCCAUCUUGAACAGUAUUGUUUCGAUAAUGGUCACUAUUCCACUGGACCGUGGCGAAAACAUUGUGCUGGCAUUUUGCGAAAAACUGACCAAGGCACCGGAAAUUCCAUUGGCUAAAGUGUGCCUCCAAUCGCUAUGGCGACUUUUCAACAAUCUGGAGCAGAGUUCACCGCUCAGAUAUCAUGUCUAUUACCAUCUCGUUCAGGUGGCUAAACAAUGCGACCAAGUGCGUGAGGUCUUCAUCUCAGUGGAUCAAUUGAGAGGACAAUUUGUUCACUGCCCACCAUCGAAUGAACAGAUGCAAAAGAUGUAUCGUUUGUUACAUGACGUCCUAAAGGACACAAACAGUGAACUAGCCGCAAAAGUUAUGAUUGAACUGUUGGGCACCUACACAUCGGAAAACGCAUCCGUUGCUCGAGAAGAUGCCAUGAAAUGUAUUGUCACAGCGCUGGCCGAUCCGAAUACAUUUUUGCUCGAUCCGUUGUUGUCACUGAAACCGGUGCGGUUCUUGGAGGGAGAAUUAAUUCAUGAUUUACUGUCGGUGUUUGUGUCGGAGAAGCUUUCAAGUUACAUGAACUUCUACAAAAACCACAAAGAAUUCGUAACGACGCAGGGACUCAACCACGAACAAAAUAUGAAAAAGAUGCGUCUGUUGUCGUUCAUGCAGCUGGCCGAAAGUAAUCCGGAAAUGUCUUUCGACCAAUUGCAAAAGGAACUUCAAAUCAAGGAGGAAGAGGUUGAGCCAUUCAUCAUUGAAGUUUUGAAAACGAAAUUAGUUCGAGCCCGCAUGGACCAAAAGAACCGUAAGGUUCACAUUUCGAGCACGAUGCAUCGAACAUUUGGCCGACCACAAUGGCAACAAUUACAUGAUCUUCUGUGUCUGUGGAAAAAUAAUCUGAACGUUGUCGAAGCUGGUAUGCGAAGCGUUGCUGCCGCUCAGAAAGAAUUGGUUCUGAAACAAAAGUGAGGACAUUUGAAGCUGCGGUAGAAAUAUGCAUUUGAUUUUAAGGAGAACUGGAGAGGGUGUUGUAACUACAAAUCGUUUUUUUGGUAAAAUAAAGACCGAUUUUAAUCGAA